AGAAUUUCCGGAACGCUAUGCAGUGAAGGCUUGAAUGCUAAGCACGUACUGGUAAUUUGUCUCCAUGUUCCUGACCGUUCUCACAGUGACGUCUGAUAGCACCACAUCCAAUGAUCGCAGCUCAGAAAAUAAUGGAAGUGAGCUUUCCGAAGAAGAUGCUCAUCCUUAUAAGGCUACGCCACUUUCUGGAACACAAACAAUCGGCAUUAUCUCAUUCCUAGCGUUGUUUUCUUCAGUCUAUUUGAUAUACGCACAACAUCAUAAGGUGCUAUUCUACGUUAUGACGAGUCUAAUAGUACUAUGGAUUGUAUUUAUCUACUCUGCGGGUAUACUGAGUGUAUUAUACAUGAUAAUUGUUGGAUAUGACGAAAAACCUCAAGAUCCGUGCGAGAUGGAUGCCGAAACGCAGCAGGAAUCUUCAAUAUAGAGGAGUCACCUCUAUUCGAUAGACGCAUUAGACUAUGAAAUAAUGCUUGUACAUUUUGUCUUUCAUUUGACGUCAAGAGACGAUUUGUUUCACCUGUUUUGAUUUUUUAAUAAAUGCAUAAAUCUUUC